AUGGUGCAUGAGUUACAAUCUUGGGAGGAUGGUUGGACAAUUAAGGUGAAGAUUUUAAAGAGAUGGGGGGCCUUUGAUGCUGACGGUCUUCGUGUGAUGAAUUUCAUAUUGUUUGAUGAGAAUGGUUGCAGAAUUUCUGCAUACGUUGGUAACCUCAAUCUAUCCUAUUUCGAAUACGUUUUGCAAGAAGGAAAUUGGGUGCAGUUAUCCAAAUUCAAACUAAUUCCUUUUAAGUGGGAAGAACGGACUACAAGACACGUUAAGCAAAUAAUUUUAGAUGGUGAAACUAAGGUCAGUUCCAUCCAACCUUUGACUGGAGAUCCUUUCCUUCGUUUUGUUGAUUUCAGCCGUGUUUACAAUAAGCCUUACAGCCACUUCUACCCAGUUGAUUUGAUUGGUGUUCUGGAUCAUGUCGACAAUAUGGUAACAGUUGUUUAUCCCGAUGACAAAAGUGUUCCAACACUGAGAUUCCGAAUUAAAGACCUGGAGAAUUGUACUCUUAACUGUGUUGCACAUGAUGACUUGGCUUACGAGAUAGAAGGGAAAUGCAAAGGUCCUGUAGGGAAGAGUCCAUUUGCUAUUUGUGUCUUAACUGAUUGGUUGGUUAAGAAAAACAUUGAUGAAAUGACAAUUGAAAAUUACAAGGAGGGAUUGUUUUCACGUUUUGCUAUUGCCCCGCCAUUGGAUGAAGUCAAAGGCUUUGGGAUCAAGCUUGCAAAGAAGAUAACGGAAGUAUACGUGAGUGCUUCAAGUUCUCAAGGAAGAAAGGAUUAA